GCUGUGUAUUACCGUUAGCUGCUUGCUUCAAGGCUUCCGGGACACGAGGUUUAGCUGACAAAGUGAAUAUGAAAAAAACAAUGGCGACGUCCCGGGUGGACAAAGUGACGGAAUUCCUGACCUGUGUGAUCUGCCAGGAACUGUACACAGACCCGUGUACACUGAGGUGUGAUCACACCUUCUGCAGGAAAUGUGUCACCUCAUACAUCCAAACCAGACCUGACGCCGUACAGUCCAACACCAUCUCCUGUCCCAGCUGUCGACAAGACACCGAGGUUCCCCACCCAAACAGUCCGGUGGAGGAGUGGGCGGGGCAGAUCAAACCCAGCAUCAUUAUACAGGGGCUGGUUGACAUACAAGUUGACGCCACUACAGAAGCGACGACAGCCAGGUUCUGCACACUGUGUGGACAGCUAGGGGAAGCAACUCCAGGGACCUCUUGGUGUACAGACUGCAAAGUUGCUCUCUGUGGAAAAUGCGUCAGGAUUCACCGUGCUAGCUCGUUAUAUCUGGACCAUAAACUGUGUGAUCUGUCCGAGGAGGUCAAGGUGAAGGAGAGACGGAAGGUCAUGUGUCAGGAGCACAAACAUAAGAAAAUCCAAUAUCUCUGUAAAGACUGCAACAGACCACUGUGUCAGUCCUGUUGUGUGGUCUACCACAGGAAAUGUGAAUCUGUCGUCACAAUCAGCUCGCAAGUGGCAAGAAUGAAAUCCGAGUUGGUUCUGAGGAGAAACAUUUUACAGACAAAAUGCCUUGGCAAAAGCAAAAGGGUAGAGAGACAUAAAUUAAAAAUAAAUGAAAUACAAGACGAUAAAGCAACCCUGAAAGAACAAAUUCAACUUUACGCCGAUAGAAUCAUAGAGCACAUCAGGCAGACGGAAAAGAUGCUGUUAGAUGAAUUGGAUGAAACAACCGACGAACACCUCAUCCAGGUCCAUGCAGAUGUGAAGCUGGACGAAAUCGAGAUGCAGAUGUACAGACAACAUUGUGAGUUCAUUGACCAGGCCUUGGUAUCGGAAUGUGAUGUGGACCUGCAUCGUGCGUAUCAGGCCUGGGAGUCUGGAGCUGUAGAGAUGGAGGACAUCAGGGAUACAGAGGCAGCAGACACCCGGAGAAUAGAUGACAUCAUGUUUACACCAGACAUUGACAACGUCCAACACAUCUUAGAUGUCCUACAGCUGGGAAAGAUUGACGUCACAUAUCGCGAUGGACCUAGUCUGCAGUGUUCACCAAUGUUGUUCGAAACAGUUGAUGCUGCUGUAGAGGGCGACGAGAGUACACCUGGAAUGCCUGGCAUCACAACACUUUACAUAGAUGGUAUACAGACAAUUGUUGUCACAGACUACAUUAACAAAUGUGUUAAAUCUGUCCACAAAAGAAACGAUCAACCAUGUCAAAGCAAGCUUCCCCUGGAUGACUCCCCAUUCGGUUUAACACAGUUGAAGGAGAAGCAGGUAAUGGUAGCUCUCCCUGGAUCCCACAAGAUCCUUACAGUAGAAGUGACCCCCGACCUCUUCCUGCAGUCAACCAUCACAACAAGCAAAGCCUACGCCGGUCUUUCUGUUCUAAGUCCUGCGUCUCUAGCAGCAGGUACUUGGGAUUGUGUGGAUAUCCUGGACAUGGCUGGACACGUGUUGAGGUCAGUCACUACAUACAUCAAUGAGACACUGUUUGCCUAUCCCGCGUAUAUGUGUGUCAACAACAAAGGCAACAUACUCGUGUGUGACUCCGGGAAGAAGUCUGUGACAUGUCUGACUUCAGAGGGUGACGUUGUUUGGAUAUACGCCCCUACCGGAGACAAGGCACUUCGUAAGCCUACUGGUAUCGUAACCACCAAAACAGGAGGUAUCUUGUUUGUAGACAAGAUCGCCGAGACUAUUAUACAGCUGAAUGACACAGGGGAAUAUAUCAAAGAUGUUCUCACAUCCGACGACGGUAUCAGCCAGCCAGUCAGUCUCUGCAUCGACAAUCAUGGCGCUCUUUUUGUUACUGGUGGAGGGGAAAUCAAGACAUUUAUCUUCGCAUAGCAUGGUAGUGAACACCGAUAGAGGGUCUGUCGGAUUUAGUUCUUGUAUCUCGGGGUGAUGUUUGUGGAUGAUAAGGAGAAGAUGACAUAGAGAAGAUUGAGGAAAAUAUUCAAACUUAAACAAGACGCACAUUUUAAUAUCUCAAUCUCAAAUGGACAUGGCCUUUAUAACAUGAUAUAAAACUCGAACUACUUCCAAAUAGGAGAAGUCACUGGUGGCCCAGAUGUCGAAGGUAUUGCUACAAGUUCAGAGUUGCAUCCCUUUCAAGAGCCAGGAACAACCACUCAUUGGUAUUGGGCCCAACUGCAGUACAAACUUCAUUUCCGUAAGGUUAAAUCAUUACCAUGAGAGGACUUUGGCAAUCCGAAGGUCGUGUUUACAAAUGUGAGUUGAAAAUAAAGUAUUUCAUGUAGGGGUGGUAUGAAAUGUAUACACUUCUUAUAGGUAGGUCGUUGGUAUGUUUGUCAGUCAUUUCAUUUAUGAACAAUUUUGUUGUAGUGUGAUACAAACACAAACAUUAUCAGUUGAAUACCAAAUCCACCUGCACAGAAAUCGCACAACUUGUACAAACAGAAAGUAACUGUGCCGCGUAGAAAUGUAAAAAAAACACAAAUAAAUUGUGUACAAAUAUAAUUAAUCUUUCCACACUUAUUCAUAAAGACAUCACAACGACUGUAAGGUCGAAUGUUGCACUUGCAUGUAUAUUUUUGUUGGGAGAAUAAAACUGAUAACCUUGUUA